CAUUAGUCGUCGGACUGAAAAUCGCUCACUCUUAUCAAUAAGAUCCAUAACACCAGUGGAGUAUCGGCGUCUCCUUCCAAUGCUAAUACUGAGGUAGCCGCAAAGCUUCUGCAGGCAGCCCACCCAGGAACCUCAACGCCAGGAAGUCUGGGUCAAAUAUGUCGGUUGCAUCUGUAUCAGUGUAUUGCCGGGACUGUAUCCACGCUCUGAAAACCAUCGUCUUAACUCUUUCCGAUCCGAGCAGGCCAAAAGGUCGGAUUUCUCAUGAAAGAAUCAACGAUGAGCUGGAGAAGUUCAGCCUAUGGAUGGGCAAUAUCGGCGCCCUACACCGGCCAGAGUCUCCUGUAUCUCUGGAGUCGCGUCUUUGCGAUGCCGGCGACGUUUUGACCUACGUUCUGGAAUUGCUCGAUGAUCUGAAUAUCGUUACAAGAGAACUCUUGGAGAUCAUCUCUGGGGAGCGUGAAGGUGAGACAGCUUUCGCGUCCACUGGUGACGAUGGUGAUGAAGAUGAAAAUGAAGACACACAACUUCUUGAAGAGAUUGGGGCUUGCAUUACGCGUCUUUUCAGAGUAUCCAACCUCAUCCGCCACGCAGCACCCACGGAUCUCUUUGCUCGAGCUCUCAAUAGGAACCGACAUCAAUUCAAUGACCAGUUUGAUAUCGCGCACGUAGGCGAGAGGUAUCCGAAGCUUGCUACAGAGGAAUUAGCCUGGCUCCAGAAGCGACUCGGACGCGCGAUUACUCAACGUCGACAGUACCUAAGCUACAUGCGAGACCACCGUGAGAAGCUUGAGGGUACGUUUACUCGCGACGAUACACCCAAGAUUGUAGAGCCUAGAUCGCAAGUGGCCGCAAUACAGCUCCCAGCCAUGCAAAUGCAACUUGACUCUUCCAGCCGACCAUCUACGUUCUUGACAAAGGCCUCGAGUGUCAAAGCAGGCUGUAUCACUCCUCAGAUGCUCACUGUGGAAGAAACCUCAGAUCACGAGAACGACGCGAAGUCAUAUACAACUGUGUCGCGGUCCAUUAACGACGAACUUGACACCUCGACUACCAUGAGAAUCCCUCAGCUCGCUGAGCUACGAACGGGAUCUAGGAAUGAAGUAGAAUGCCCGUUCUGCUUUCGGAUGAAGAUCUUCAAGAAUGAGAGAGUGUGGCGACGCCACAUCUUUUCUGAUCUUCGGGCCUAUGUCUGCACAUUCCCUAACUGCGAUGCCCCGUACUUUAGCGAUAUCAACGUAUGGUUUCGUCACGAGAUGCAAGUUCAUCGUGUGAGCUACAGUUGCCAACUUUGCGAGGUCGAGACCUUUCACCUCAGAGAGCGGUAUCUUGCCCAUAUGCAGAGAAAACAUCCCAACAUCUACGAAGUCGGCGGAGAGCAGGUUAUCCUCGAUAUUGCUCGAAAGCCACUCCAACAGAUAUGUGCUCAGGAAUGUCCCUGCUGUUCAGAAUGGAUCGAUCGACUUGAGGGGCGAGCAUCAAUCGCUAGCACGACUUCAUCCGAACCUCUUCUUUACGUCGAUCCAACCGUAUUCAAAAGGCACCUUGCUUCUCAUUUAGAAAAGUUGGCAUUGUUUGCGAUUCCCAUGCGACCAGCUGCUGAUAGUGACGUCAAUCCAGAUGCCGCUGUCAAAGAGCAUGAAGACGCUCGCUCAAGUAACUCCGGUAUUGCCAUGGAGGUCGAUCUGCAGCAGAUUUUCGCCCGACGAUUAGACGGGUUCUUUCCGGAGGGACAAAAUUUGUCAGAACAGUAUACUACUUCUGAGAUCAAUGAGAUAUCCAACCUGCUACAGUACAAAGAUCCGCGAUUGUGCGAUGUGCCGCGGACAUAUGUGGUUCUUCGGAUCAUCGGUCGACUAGACCUCCUCGACGAACUCAUUCAUGGCCACUUCUCCGAUUUUUUGUUUCCUGUUACCGAACAAAAGAUUCCAAUGACAGUGCCUCCAAGCAUCCGACCGGCCUUCAUGAAAGCCCAGGAUCUCAUACUGUCCAACCCAAUAGACCUGGAGAAGGAUGGGAAAAGACAGCACUGGUACUUCCACCAAGGAGAUCCUCUUCCAUUUGAACCCCGAGAACUUUUAGGUGGAUCUACAAACGUGGACAAAGUGCUUAGUUUUGCUAGCUCUCAAGAGUACGCCAGAAAGCGAUAUCGUCGGGUGACACGCCGAGGCAAGGAAGCUAUAGAGCAAUGCAUUAACGAAAUCAAAAUACUAAGGCGCUUGAGGCACCUCCAUAUCGUAGAGCUUGUUGGAAGCUACACAGAUGAUAGUUCCAUCGGCUUGAUAUUGUCUCCUGUUGCCGAAAUGGAACUACGUGAGUACCUGACGAUCGCUACAGUAUCAAGUUUCCCUGAGCUGCGGACUUUCUUUGGCUGUCUAGCUACGGCACUCGAAUUCAUGCAUAAGCAGAGAAUUAUGCAUGGCGACAUCAAACCACACAAUAUACUUGUAAAUCGCGGGAAUGUACUAUUCAUUGACUUUAACAACUCUAUGGAUAUCACAGAUGAAGUUGAUACUACCAUGGUGCGAGGUUUCACUGCUAGAUACAGUGCGCCGGAAGUUAUUGAUAGGGAGUUUCAAGAUGUCACAUCUGAUGUCUGGAGUCUCGGUGUCGUUUUCCUGGAGAUGAUUGUUGUUCUCAAGGGAAAGACUGUGGAGCACAUGUACGAAUCCUUUUCUCAAGACAUUUCACAUGGAUCUUCCGUUCGCGAAAACAUGGCUGUCUUGCCAGAUUUUAUGGCGAAGCUUGGAGGGAUAGAGAAGUUGUCAGACAACGCAGCAUUUGACUGGGUCCAACCAAUGCUCUCAGAGGACAGAAGUUUGCGUCCGACUGCAUCUUCACUAGUUACAUCUAUUAAGGCAGUUGACAAAGAAAAGGGGAGAAGUUUCUGCGGGUCAUGUUGUUUUGCGUCUAGAGAAGAUUGAGGAGAAUGAAGCACACAUCGAACGUUAGACCUAAAAUUCCUGGCGUUGUUAACCUAUUGCUAUUCCUAUUCCC